AAUUUGAGAGUGUUAAAAGCGUAAGCUUUGAGAUUUUCUCCCUUCUUUCCGCUACAACGCCCUCCCUACGGCAGAUGUGCAUAUAUUUUUUUUGAGAAAUUUCAAUGAAGUUGUAAAGAAAUACAAAAAAAAGCUGCGAAUGCUUUAAAAAAAUAAUCUCUGUGAUAAGUGCUAAGCGGCGAUAUUCAUUUAAGUAACUCACUCACUCAGUCAGUCAGUCAGUCAGUUAGUCAGUCAAGUCAACAAUAACAAUAACAACAACAACAACAACAACAACAAACAACUAAAAAACGAGGCAAAAUGAAAGUUCCCACUCGCGACACGAAAUAUUCAUUCAAUUUGAAAAUAUUUAAAUUGCAUAACGAUAAGAAAUCAACGAAUGCCUCACUGGCAUCAUCCACAGCCAAUCCCCCAACAUCAUCAUCAUCAUCAUCAUCACCUGUGAUCUCAGCAAAAAGAAACUCAUGGCGGGCUUCAUGGCGUGCUGCCUUCGGUACUAGCAACAAUAAUAACAACAACAACCACAACAACAACGGAGGUGGUGGAGGCAAGCUUAAAUCAUCAACAACAACAAAAACGGAUAGUAGCAACAACAACAAGAAUAAUAAUAACAAUAAUAAUAGCAUCGAAUCGGAACAGUCAGUUGAGAAAUGUUAUUAUCAUCAGAGUGUCGCGGAUCGCAUGAUGUCGCCUGCUGCUGCUGCUGCUAAUCCCAAUACCAAUCCCAGUCAGAAACAGAAUCAGAAUCAGACCAUCUCCACAAAUUCUCCUACAUCUCCUCACAUUGAUGAACUGAUGUCAAUGCCAUGGUUUGGCAUGGACAUUGGUGGCACUCUGACAAAAUUGGUAUACUUUGAGCCAAAAGAUAUUACGCCCGAUGAACAGGAUCGCGAAGCGGGCAUCCUACGAAAUAUCAGACGCUAUUUGACCAGAAAUUCAGCAUAUGGCAAAACCGGACAUCGAGAUACGCACUUGCAGAUGGACAAUGUGGAAAUACGAAAGCGACGCGGCUCAUUGCAUUUCAUACGAUUCCAGACCACAGAUAUGGGCAAUUUUCUAUCGCUGGCCAAGCAAAAGGGCAUGGCCGAAUUGGUAACCACUGUCUGUGCCACCGGCGGUGGUGCAUUCAAAUUUGAAAAAGAUUUUCGUGAUCAAGUCAAUAUGAAAUUGGCUAAAUUCGAUGAAUUGGAUACAUUAAUUAAGGGCAUACUAUUUGCCGAUCUACACAAUCGUACCGAAUGCUAUUACUAUGAAAAUGCCCGAGAUAUUGUGAAAAGCGAGAAGCGUGCUUUUAAUUUCUCUCAACCAUUUCCAUUCAUACUGGUAAAUGUGGGAUCAGGUGUAUCAAUAUUGGCUGUCUAUGGACCAGAUAAUUACAAACGCAUUUCGGGCACAAGUUUGGGUGGAGGAACAUUCCUGGGACUAUGUUGCUUGCUAACAGGCUGCACAACAUUUGAAGAAGCCAUUCAAUUGGCUACCAAAGGUGACAAUCGAAAGGUGGAUAAACUCGUCAAGGAUAUUUAUGGCGGUGACUAUAAUCGUUUUGGUUUGCCCGGCGAUUUAGUAGCCUCUAGUUUUGGCCAAAUGCACAUCAACGACAAACGUGUGUCGGUAUCCCGCGAAGAUUUGGCCAAUGCCACGUUAGUGACUAUAACCAAUAACAUUGGCUCCAUAGCUCGUAUGUGUGCCUUGAAUGAGAAGAUUGAUAGGGUUGUUUUUGUGGGCAAUUUUCUGCGUGUGAAUCCAAUCUCAAUGAAGUUGCUUGCCUAUGCAAUGGAAUUCUGGUCAAAUGGCACUAUGAAGGGUCUGUUCCUUGAGCAUGAGGGCUAUUUUGGUGCCCUCGGAUGUCUGCUGCAGUUUAAUGGUGAAUUGGCAGCUGCCCUUAAUGAUAAUCUAGAUCACCAUGGCUGUGAGGGAGAAGAAACAAUUGAAGUGCCAACAAAUUCCGAUAAUAUCCGGCCAUCGUCGGAUAAUCCUUCAGAGAAUACAAACUGUCCUACAACUAGAUAGUCGCCAGUGGCAGACGAAAUAUGUGCCAUUCCGUCUCCAAACGUUUGUAGUUCACAUGUACAGUUAGAUAAUGGAUAUGGCAAUAACAAUAGAUCGAUUCCCUCUCCCCUCCCUCCCUUUAAUCAAUUAUCUCGCUAAUUAACUUAAUACUUAUUUUCGGCUAUAGUCCAUCAAAAGAACAACAACUGCAACAACAAAAGGAAAAAAAGAAGAACGCGCACAAAAAUUGUAAAUGCAACAAAUUUCGUAAAACAAAAACAAACAAAAAUAGCGUGGUUAAAGUGCCUGCUGAUCAAGCAACGAAUUUUUUUCGGCUCAAUCUAAGCUAGAAUUUUCAUUCUCAAAAAUUGAAAUCAUUCUGUUUCUAAAUAAACAAUUACUCUUUUAAUCUAAGCUAAACAGAAGAAGUAUUACAAAUACUUGAAAUCAUCAUCAAAUGGCAAAUUAUAAAAAUACAAUUCAAGUACAUUUUCCGCAUACACAUGUAUAACCGCGUGUAUCUAUAUAUAUGUACAUAUAUGUAUAUGUAUGUGUAUAUAGUUAUAUUCUAGACACAUAACCCAUAUAAUUUGACUUUUACUAUACAUACAUAUAUAAAUAACAAUACCUUUUAUAUAUACAUACAUAUACCUACCAUAUACAUACAUAGUCAUUCAGGCAUACAAGACUAAGUUUUUACCUUAGAGUUAUGUCAGUGUACAUGAUUUUUAAGUGGAUCCUUUUAAAGUUUCCUGUUUGUGUUUCUUUAUCUAUUCCUUUUUUUUUUUUGUGUGAUUAGGCGAUAAGUUUGUGGUCAUUUAAUAUGUAAGGUUCCAAUUUGUCGGCAGGUGAAUAAAAUGAAAAUAUAUUGUUUAUAAAAAGA